AUGGAAUCUCUGUGGCCGGAUCUGCUACUGCCUACCUCUCCAUCACGGCGAUGCCUUGAUCGCUUCAGCUUCCUUGAUACAGAAGGAAGAGAUGGCUUGGUAGCGUUCUGGCCGUUGCUUGAACAUAUACUUAGCCAGCCAGUUAACAACCCGACUCAGCUUAUUGAUGUUCUCGAUACCAUCGCUCAUGCAAAUCAUGGUUCUUCUGGGGCAGCAAAUGAUUAUGGAACACUUAGAGAAGUUGUGGAGCAGCACGGCGACACAUUUUUCUUACGAUUAUGGCCAACUAUCGUCCAGUUCGCUCUUAUGCUACCUGAUUUCUUCCCAGCGCGAGAGAUUCCUGUGCUACGACCUGGGAAAAAACUGUGUCUUACAACAAAGGAAGUUGCAUGCCUUGUAGCUCACCAGUUCCUCUGCACAUUCCAAUGCCCUCCCUGGCGAGAAGGAUACCACGACUUUAGCAUUUGGUAUGGGUCCGGACAACGGCACCCGCAGGCGGUACGAAUGUACCUCACCGCACUUUUUUCGUACUUUGAGGAAUCCAGUGCAGAAUCAUGGAUGAGAAGCUCUGGACCAUCUGUUGAUAUUCAGGUCGAAUUCUCUUUACAUGCUUUUGACGGUCCAGAAACAUAUUCAGCGUGGAAAUGGGACGAAUCUCGGUUAGGGAGACUAACCAUUGUCCCUUUGGAAAGAUUCAGCACAGAGCCACAGGAAGCUGCCUAUCAAGGGCACAGUGGCGCAGCUGUAGUCUCUGCUAAUAGGGAUAUCGGUUUUGGACAGUCGGCAACUCAAGAGGAAUUAUACGUGGGUAACUGUCCCGAAGCCUGUCCCGCAGUGUUAUUUACACCCACGCUGCAAGAUGGCCAAGUCCUGGUUGCCCGUGGGGCACGCCCUAUGCUGAGAAUCUUGGGCCAGCGCCGUGACAUUGAUUGGGAGAAACUUGAGUCGGAAAAGAGACAAGGUGGCCGAAUGCUGUUUAUGGAUGCACUGGAGCUCGACGAAGCAGAACGCUCUGCAUUGUUACCCGAUUUGAAACAGGAAAAUAUUAUGAGGGAGAUUCGAAAGGCGUAUACGGCGUUUUCAUCUUGGUCAGAUGGUGAGAAUCUGAUAUGGACGGGACUAUGGGGCUGUGGUGCCUUUAACGGCGACCCAGCUACGAAAGUGAUCUUGAUGUGGAUGGCAGCUUCAUUGGCGGGUAAACAACUCCGAUUGCUCGUUGAUGCAUCCCAGAAAGAUUUCGGUGUUCACUUCGGACAAUUUGUCGAAAGAGUUCAGGUGGUUUGGACUGUGAAGGAUCUUCAUAAUUGUUUGACAACUAUACCCCAAGGAAUAGGGCGUUGGGAAACAAUGGAUUGGUUACUCGAAAAUGUACCCUAG